AUGACUCUCUCACCGCGCGAUGCUAUCCAAAUUGACGAAUUGGAUCGCUAUGACACGUUUAUGGCCACGCUCGGUGACACGCAGUUCCUAGACAUGUACCUCACCGAGGCCAACGUCGUGCAGAUUGACGUGUACGAGAUUUCGGCGACCGAGAGCCCGGCGCACUCUGCCACCUUCGUUCCAAGCGAAUACGCCAGUCAGUACUUCGACCAACAAGCCCAGCGAGCUGCGGAGAUUCUCGAGACACCGACUGAUGCGGACCUCGGCAAGCGCAUAAAUACUUGUGAACGCAAACAACCUGAGGCGACGGCGGCUCCAGAUAUACCACUGGCUGCGCAGACGCCUGUCAUGUCCUUUGAGAGGCGUGUGGUCAAGAUAGCCGACUCACUGGUCACUGCUCUCGGCUCGCACGUCGACUCUCGUCUGCCGCUCAACGGCAACAAUUUCGAAUUAAACGCAUCAGCAACAGAUCCCUACGGCUACCCUGCUCUUGCAUUGUAUAACGAGGCAGUCGUCUUUCCUUUUGCAGUCGUCCGGGUUCCACGCUGUGAGAAUGGCUGCUUCCUCAAGCACGUGGUCGGCUUUGACGCGUGGUUCUUUGGGUUGUGGCUGUGCGAGGCCGAGCAAACGGACCCGGCGCAUCAGCUGGCCCUCCUGACGGCCUACGAGGCCAUGGAGAUGGGGUCUAUGGUGACGGAUGUGUGGCCGUGUGCUGGCGUUGAGAAUAAUGACGUCGCCGGUACGCGAGAGGAAUCGCUGCGACGCCGUCACCACCUCGGCACCCACAAUGUCAUCAUUAGCCGCGUGCUGGCCGCUGUCAAAUUCUAUCGCAACGACGUCAGCUACGUCGAGAUCUUAGGCGUGACCGUAUCGUACUUGACGCUGCAGGACCUCGACCUGCCUGUUACCGUCUACGGCCUGAGCAGCCCGUUUACCAUGAGUGUCCGCGUGCCGCGGGAUCUCUGCAUGAUCCAGCGGUUCUUUGCCGAGCUCCAAGAUCGAAGCUUGGCCGAGCUUCGUCAUCGUCAGCACCACGGGACGUGCUACCUGCGUGGAUGGUUUACCGACGGGAUCUGCGCCCAAGGCAUUUUCCAGGAUCCCGUGGCAGCCGGUGUGGAGGCUGAGAGGGUCGUGCUGAACGACAGUCCCAGCCCGGUCAGCUUAGCCAAGUUGUUCAUGCACCUGUUGCCGACUUCUCUCGGCUCGGCGUCUUCGGCUCUGAUGCUGCCUCAACCGGCCUAA